AUGACAAAUUCGACUGAUACAGAUACCCAGCAAUACCACCCAAUUGUUGUAAUUGGAGACACGCCUUUGCGCAUUGCAGCCAGGAACAAAUAUGAGCACAUGGUGAACUUGUUGCUGAAAGUACCCAAGGUGAACAAGCUUGCUCGGAACAGUGAGGAGAAGACACCAUUUGAAAUUGCAAGAGAAGUCACCGAGUACCGCAAAUCUUUCAAUACUAUAAGAAAGUUGCGAGGUUAUAGACGAGGGCCCAAGCGAUUCAUGUAUUGUGCACCACAGGUGAGCCAUAAAAAAUACAAGAAAGCGAUGUCAGUCGUAAAUGAAGCCUACGAAGAGAGAAGUGAUGUAGAAAUAGUUGUGGCAGCGUUGUUGGCCACCAUGACAUGCUCCGCUCUCUUCACCAUCCCAGGCAGUUUCAAUUCGAAGAGUCCUGCAAAAGAAGAUCAAGGGAGCCCUCUUCUUCUAUCCCUGGUUUCGUUUAAUCUCUUCAUUAUUUUUGACUGCAUAGCCUUCUCUCUAUCCCUCUUCGUUUGUAUAAUGUGGGAUAUGAGCUCAGAGCUCACCACAAAGAACAAGAUGAGGUUCAUGAAUGUCAACAGUUUAUUGGUUUGCCCGAGCUUUGGCUUCAACGCUUGUGGGUUUAUGUGUGCAGUGUACGUAAUGCUGACGAGUAAGGUUAAGACAUUCUCUUUGGUGGUUUUGGGAAGUCUCAUAAUCAUUACUUUGUGUGGCGUUCUCGCAUUCCUCCAUCAAUUUUUAGACUUUGCAGUCAAGCGAGGCAGAGCCCACUGCUUGUGCGGCGUAUCUCUUUCUUCCGAUGAAAUUGUUGAAAAGGUGAGGAUUUUUCGCAGGAUUUCAUCAGUGGGCAUUGGAAGUUAA